AUGCAGCGCUUCUACCUCGCGCUGCUGGUUUUUCUGGGAGCCUUGCUCCCAGCGAGUCCAAGUUGGCUUCCAGGACCUGAAGCAGGCCAGCAAAAAGGACUUAAGGUGAAGCAGCCCUUCCGGCACCUAGCAGAAGAGGAGAAGGCAGACUCAGCCGAGGUGGAGGAGACGGAAGAGGCCGAGACUGCGGAAAAGGCUGAGGAGGAAGCUCUGGCUGAGGCAAACGAGGAACUCGGAGGUGAAGAGGAACUGGGAAGUGAGGCGGAAGCGGCAGAAGGUGAAGAAGGAGGCGAAGAGGGGGGUGAAGAAGGAGGCGAAGAAGGAGGCGAAGAAGGCGAAGAAGAGGAAGAGUACGAGUUUGAUGUCACUGACAUCGAGGUCGCCCACAUGCUUCUAGGAGCGGUGAUCUUUGUGGUCUCAUUGUUCUACUUGGUUAACUGGGAUGACGAUGACAUUCGCUACUACUCCAUGAACAUCAUCAGCAUGACUAUGUCGAUCUUCUCCGCUGUGCUCAUGUUCCAGGGCAUCAACGAGCAGAUUCGGCGCUUCUCGAUCGAGCUGACCCACGCCCACAGGGUUUUUAUCCAAUUCCUCCACUGCGGCGUGUAUGUAGUUGCGAUGCAGCUGGUGAUUGGUGUCGUCUCCGGUGUGCUUCCAAUGUUUGGCAAGACCUCGGGCGACUUCAACGAGAAGAAGUGGACCAUUGCCGAUGGGCUGAGGUCCGACUACAGCGCGGUCCUGGAUGAGAAGGAGGAAGAGUACGUGCGAAACAAGAAAGCUACCAAGAGCGUUUGGAUUGACGAAUUCGGAGUGGAGGUUCCAGUAGCUUUGACAAAGCACAAGUUGGAGAUUGCCAGACGGCGAAUGAGGUGCUGGGCGAUGCUGCUGGCACACAUGUCUGGUUUUGCGGCCAUCAAUUCCGGAGCCCAGCUUCAGGAGGUGGAGAUCUUCACCACAUCACCCUUCAUGGCAAUGAUUCCGGGCCUGAUCAUGUUCGGCAUCCUCCAGGCAAUGUUCGCUCUCGCCCGUCUCUUCCGACAAAAAGCCAUGGACCGAAGUGAUCCUCUUCGGGUUGGCCUCUGCAACGAAACUGUCGUGGAGGCAGAAAACGAUGUGUCGUCUCUGUCACUGUCCUUCUUAAUUGUGCAGGCUUUGCGGUUUGCAGUGGGCGGUGUGAUGCCCAACGCGGAGGGCGAGGAGAUCCCCAUCGUGGUUCACAGCUGGUCGCAAAUCGGGAUCUUGUUCGCACUGGCCGUGUUCCUUUGUCUCACUGCCAUCGUCCUCUCGCUGAAGCUACUGCACGGGGAAACCUCGGAGGAAGAGAAUCAGGAAGAGGAGCCGUUCUGUGCCCGAAUGGGCCAGAUCCUGUGCAACUUUCUGGCGAUGUGCUUCGCAUGGUUGGUUCUCUUCGGCUCCAAGUGGUUGGUGGUCAAAUGGGACAUGUUCAAUUACGAGGCCAUGAUUGGUCAAAUCAUCCUGGCUCUGGCGCUGUCCGUCGUCUGUGGCUGCGCAGUUUUCUUGCUCGACUUCAUCGACGACCAGACAAGAGGAUCAAGCAAUUCACAGGAUGGCGCCAAGGCGAUUCGCGUGAUCAUCCAGGCAAUCGCCAUUCUCAUCGGUUUCUCUUGGGAGCACUGUUUUGAUGCUGGUGUCCUGGCGGCGGCAUCCAGUGCCCCUCACAAGAGGCUGAUGAAGUUUGUUAUGGGCCUUGUUGUCUUCUUCUUCCUGGUGCCUGCCUGGCGCAGGCACAUUCUCACAAAGGUUAUGGCGUACGAGCAGAUGAAGCAGCAACGGGCCCAUGUGAGCAAGAAGAAGCUUCGCCAUUCGCAGCGCAACAAGGACUAUCGCCCAGUUGCAGAGGCAACCAGCAGCCCGCGUGAGCUCCAAGUGGGGGUCAAAGUGGAGACGCCGGCGUCUGCUGGAGGGCCCUUCCUUGUGGUUCCCAAGGGCGAAAAGGUGAAAGUCUGGCCGUUGGAUGGCAAUGACGAGUGGGUCUGGGCCACGCACAAUGGCCGUGGAGGACUCUUGCCGAAGAAGGCCGUGCCGAUGUGA